GUUAACCCAAAAAUCAUUCUCAAAGCAAAAGCAAAAGCAAAAGCAAAGCACCCAAGUUUCAGUUAGAACUUCUCCUUUUCUUUGCUUGUUUUAUAAUCUUAUUAAUUAAGAUAAGCAGCAGUGCAGCAGCGCCAUAGACUUCAUUGUGUUUUCUUUAUUUGGAUGCCAAAAAGAUUGGAGCCAACAGAGAGAGUGGGUGUCUAAAGAAAACCCAAGUCUCUUGACUACAGAGAUGGGUACUUUGACUGCUGCUUCCUCUGUGCUUCCUUCGGAUUUCAAACCUUCACUCUCUCUAUCUGAUCACAGAGGCUCUCUCCUGCACUGUACAAAAAUACCCAAGAAACGAAACAGGGCCAUGGUUCCUGUUGCAAGGCUAUUUGGGCCAGCCAUAUUUGAAGCAUCAAAGCUGAAGGUUCUGUUUUUAGGAGUGGAUGAGAAGAAGCACCCAGGGAAGCUUCCAAGAACUUACACCCUUACUCACAGUGAUAUCACCUCAAAACUCACUCUGGCAGUUUCACAGACAAUAGACAACUCUCAGUUGCAAGGGUGGUACAACAAGUUACAGAGAGAUGAAGUUGUGGCUGAGUGGAAGAAAGUUAAGGACAAGAUGUCUCUUCAUGUUCACUGCCACAUAAGUGGAGGUCAUUUCCUUCUAGAUCUGUUUGCAAGGCUGAGAUUCUUCAUCUUCUGCAAAGAACUUCCUGUUGUUUUGAAGGCCUUUGUUCAUGGGGAUGGCAAUCUGUUCAGCAAGUACCCAGAAUUGCAGGAGGCUUCGGUUUGGGUUUACUUCCACUCUAGCAUUCCAGAAUUCAACAAGGUGGAAUGUUGGGGUCCACUCAGUGAUGCAGCAGCACCUUGUAGAAGCGAACCAGGUGGGGUCCACCAGGAAAACAGGAAGGAAACUUCUCCAAGCAACUGGGACUUGCCAGAGCCAUGCCAAGAAGAGUGUAGCUGUUGCUUCCCACCAUUGAGUUUGGUUCCGUGGCCCCAAGAGCUUCCCCAUGUAAGUGAAACUAGAUAUGGGCCCCAGCAGCGCUUUGAGGGCCAAACCCAAGAAACAAACUAAAACAAAUUCCUUAGUUUGUUUGAUUUGAUGUAAAUAGAAACAUAUUUGUUCCUUUUGGCUUUCUGGAAGGUCUUUUGUUUUCGGAAGUCA